AUGGCUCAGGUAACAGGCCGGUUUUCCCAUCCUGUCCCAACAGGAAUUCAUCAUUACAGCAGGUGGCUGCAAAGUGCCCUCGGUGAUAAUCCGUUCUCCGAAACCUAAAAGCAGCUGAGCUCUCAGUGGUCUGCUCCAGUGACUAGCAUGCAUUCCCAAGCCUUCAGUGCUGGACCCUCCCUAGUCAAGGUGCUUAGUGGCCAGGCCAUCCUGGUCCUUUCCUCUCAGCUGUGCUUGGGGUGUGGAUCAGGAGAGAAGUGGCUUCCUCUUUUGUCCAGCUUCAGUGAGGGCUUUGAGCCUUAUAUAACAUUUGAAGGGGGUGGGGAGAGGAGAGGAUGUGGAGGCGAUUCUGCAAAGGCUGCUUAGGAGUUCUUUUUGCCCUCACCUUGCCCUAUCCAGUAUUCCAAGCGUGGCGGGGCACUGGCAUGGCACAGGGGGAGGCGUGGGAGCUGGUUGUCGUGCCACGUUACUGUGCAGAGGCUCCUGUAGGCCACCUGCAGUGGGUCCUCAGUUGUAAGAGUAACAGGAGAUUACAUGCAUAGUCACCUGAACCGUGAUGUUCAGAAGCAGUAUCGGUGCUCACUGAAACUGCUUGGCCUCUGUCUUAGUUCAUAUGAAGGAAAUUGCUACACAUACACACACGCGCGCACACCAGCAAGCUGUCGAGCAUUGUUUUUAAAAGGACCAAGUAAAGGCGAGCUCACAAGGAGCCUUGAAAGCAUGCAGAUACACAUGUAUGCUUUCUUUACUGUUUUUCAAUCCCUCUCCAUCCCUUGGGAGUUUGAUUUCCAACAACCACCCGGUGUAUAGCCUUGAGAGAGUGUCCGCCUUAAGGUCGCCCCUAGAGCUUCAUGACUGUGCAGGGAUUAGAAAAUUGGAAUGCCUGGUUCUUGUACAACACUCUGUUCACUAUGCUACACUGUCUUGUUCUCUCAUUUUGGGCUAGCUACCGUGAAUUCUAAUCUAGUGUCAACGGGUUUACUUCUGUAGCCACAAAUUUGGUUGAAUAAUUUGAUUUUCCCCUUUUCCCACACUCGCCCACCCCAUCAACUAUCACUAUGUCCUAGAAUCCCACAGCUCUAAGGAAGAGGGUGCUAUAAAAGUCUUAUCAGGGCGGCCCAACUUUUCAUACUGAGUGGGGAUGCAAGAGUACUUUGACACGGAACUUGCAGGCCUUAUGCUACCAUGUCAUGUGUGCGGGGAGGGGGGGAGAGGAGCAAGCCCAAAAUUUGACACCCAUCCCCAGCCCUCACUCGGCCUUCCCAAAACUUGACUACUAAGCAAGGUGAUGGACUUUGGGAAAGAGACCCAAGACUCUACCAGGAGCCCUUUCGCCUCCUUCUCAAAGCUGGGAAAGUGCUAACUGGGCUGGAGGAAGGAGGACUCUAGGACCCUGUCAGAGCCCUCAUGUCUCUUUCCCAAAGCUCAGUACCUCAUUUACUUGGCAUGGGGAAGGCAGUGCAAGGGCUGGAGGUGGAAUCAAAUGUUACUGGGGGCCACCAAAAAAGGCAUUGAGGGCCGCAUGCAGUUUUGAUGCAAUACUGACUGAUAAAAUGUCCUUGGAAGUUUGUCAGGCUCGGGUCUCAUCUUUGUGAUAUCAUGGAGAUGCAGUUUCCACCAUUUCCGGCCACUUCCCUAUGCACAUUUUAAAUAUGAAAUAAGGAAACGUGGGCAAGAAGCAGCACUCAGAUCAUGGAUGGGGGACCUGUUGGACUCCAGCUCCCCUUAAGCCAGCCAGCAUGGUCUGUAGUCAUGGGUGGGAGCUGUAAUCCAGCCACUUCUGGAGAACCACAAGUUCCCCAUCCCUGCCCUGAGUCUCCCUCUUAGGCUUGGAAGCAAAACCAAAGUGCUUCAACCUGAGCUACCUGUCUUUAGCUUACUUCCCAACUCAGGAAUGCAGACUGACAUAAGUCUUUUUUAAAUAAAAAACAACAACCAAGCAAUUGUGGUCUAGAUGUCAGACAGCGAUAACCUUGCUGGCCUGCAGCUCUGUCCUUGUUAGUAACCCGCAAGACUCAUCCCUACUUGGUACAGAUUGUAAGCAGCCGCUUGACAGGUGUCCCAAGUUGAGCAAAAGUUGCCUCUAGUUCACCGGCCCUCAAAGGGUUUGGCAGGAGAAGAUGGCAAGUGUGGUGGAAAGAUUCAAGGACAAUCAAACAAACAUUUAAAUAUUUCAGUGUAGCAUAGUAUCAAAAUAAUACAGUAGUGGGGUAGGAGAGCUGAAAAUAAUGCCAAUAUAUUUCGCAUCUAGCAACCAAUGCUUGAUCCUGACCACACUAAGCCUUCUGAUGUAUAUUGUACUCUCGGAGGCUUAGUUUGGUUAGAAUCGAGUACAGUCGUACCUCCGUUUACGUAACCCUCCAGUUACGUAAACUUUGGGAUGCGUACGCGGCAAACCCGGAAGUAUUUUACCGGGUUUCGCUGUGCACACAUGCGCAGAAGCGGUCUGCGCAUGCACAGACUGGGUCCUCAGGUUGCAGAAACCUCAGGAUCUGACCAGACCUCUGGAAUGGAUCCCGUCCGCAACCGGAGGUACCAGUGUAUACACUUCCAGAGUUAAUGCUAAAUACUUUACUUCCAGUAAAUGAGCCACCAUAGCCACUAGAGGGCCGUGAAAAUUUGUGUCCUGGGCUUUUUAGACACGUCUACCCAUCUGAAACUGAAGGGGCUCAUUGGUUGCCAGACAUGAAAAAUUUUCAGCUCUCCCUUUUGUUUUCCAGUGCACUUCUUAUCAACUAAAAUUUUUCUGUGGGGUGAGCAAAUUUUGAUUCUGAAAGUGUGGCCCACUGCUCUAGGUGGAAAAGCAAAGGGGGUUCUACAAAAGCCAGUCAUUUUGGAGAGAGAGCGUUUGUGUUUGUCACUGGUCUCCUGGGGCAUCUAAUAGUCUCUGAGAGCCAGCAAAGACAAUGAGCUGAGUUGCUUUAGGUUUUAUGAUUCAAGGAGCUCAGCAAAGUAACCUCGCUCUACUGUCUUAGCUGGAGACCUGCUAUUCUUUCAGUGCCAGUAGAAUCAUAGAAAUGUUUGCGUUGGAAAGGGACGCCCGAGGGUCACCUAGUCCAACCCCUGCAAUGCAGGAAACACUGCUAAAGCAUCCAUGACAGAUGGCCAUUCCUCCAUAUCCUUUGCUGGUUAGCAGACACAUACACCGCCAGUGCAGGGCAUCAUAGUCCCAUGUCAAAUUGUGGCCCACAGUUUAGAACAGGAGCGACAUUUUUCAGCCCAAGGCCUGCAUUCUUAUCUGGACAGGGCCGAAGACCAAAGUGGGUGGAGCAACACAUGCAGGUUUUUUUUUUACCAUUGCACAGCAGGCUGGUGCGUGUACACACAUCUGUUCCCCUGUAUCUUACAUCCAGGCAAGCAGGAGUCAUUCACUGACACAUUCCUGUGGUGCAAAAGCAAGGGGGUUGGGGAAUGAAGUAAGGCUGAUGAAGAGUGUGGCCUAGGGGGAAGGGUGUGUAGCCAAGGAGGAGAUGCGGGCUGGGGAGAGUCCUGAGCGCCCGAAAGGCCAAGGGGGCUGUAUUUGGGUCGGAGGUUUCCCACCCUUUGCUUAGAAGCUGCAACACGUUCUCGCUUUGGGCUGGCCCGCCUUGUCUGGUACUUAGCUCUCCGCUUUCGUUUCCCCGCAGGCGAGUCUCCUGGCCUGCGAGGGACUCUCUGGGGUUUGCCUGGUGCCGACGGUUGCCAGCAAGAAGAUGAUGCCGAAGCAAAGCCCUAAGCAGGUGGAGAAUGGAGAAAGGGGUGCUCCAAACAUGCUGGUACGGGGCCAGCCCACUUUCAGCUUGUCUGCGCAGCUGGUCCCUGUGUGCUCCCCUGUGCCCCUUUCCAGCCGUGUCAGUGGGUGACGAAUAGAAAAAAGCUCGGAUAGGGAACGUGGCAUUUAGGGCCCUGGGUUGAGCUGCUGUUGUUUUGGUGACCUGUGUUGUCCCGCUUCCUCUCUGCCAGGGACAUCACCGCAAGGAAAGUGAGAAGUCGCGCAGCCGAAAGGAAGAGGAAGCGACAGAAGGGUCUCAACCCAAAAAGUCUCAUAAAAAGGCAGGUAAUCUUAAGUCGUACGGGCUAGCAAAAGGUCUAGCCCUCCUCAGUAGGAUCUCCCUGCUGCUGGCAAAGAUGCGGAGCAGUAUACUUGUCAGAUUCUGGUGGAGGCUGGAGGGCCACCUCCCUCAGCUGAAAGUGGCUGGUUAUUUUUAGAAAUUCCUCCCCUGCCUUUCAGCCCCCAAGGUGGCUUCCGGAUUAAAAACACUAACUAUAGUAAUAGAGAGAGAGAAAAAAACAAUUCCAUUGAUCAAAUCAUUAAAAGUGUAGCAGGAAGGAGGCAUAAAAUAACUGGUGACUUUAAAAACGCAGUGACAUAGCAGGCGGAUAAAUCACAUUGAAACAGUGGAAAGAAGUGUUCGUCCUAGAAGCUAAGAAAGGGAAUCAUAGGAAUGACUUUCAGGAGGGACCAUAUAACACCAGUCCUAAAAGAUCUACAUUGGCUGCUAUUAUGUUUCCAGGCACAAUUCAAAGUGUUGGUGCUGACCUUUAAAGCCCUAAACAGCCUGGGCCCUGUACACCUGAAGGAGCCCAUCAUUCAGCCUGGAGGUCCAGCUCCAAGGGCCUUCUGGCAGUUCCCUCACAGCAAGCAGUGAAGUUAAGAGGGAACCAGGGAGAGGGCCUUUUCAGUAGUCACGCCUGCCCUGUGGAACACCCUCCCAUCAGAUUUCAAGGGGAAGAAAUCGUUUUCAAUACUUUGAACUCAUUGGCAGUAAUCUCAGUUCUGGGACUGGACAGCCAACAUAAGUCACGAGAGUCUGUGUACUGAUAUAUUGCUCAGCCCUAGUUAUUAACUGGGAGCCUUCGGAGUUUAAACUGAGGCUGGGAGAGAAACCCUUGAGGUAAGGAUUCCCCCCACCCGUGCAUCUGGCUCUUGAGUGAAGGACGCACGUGCAGGAAGUGUGUCACUGAGACUGGACUGCCAGCAGACUCCAUAUGUAGCAGCAGAAUUGUAGUAGCAGUACAAAGGGAGGGGAAGGAGGCUUGGCAGGCCGGUGAGACCGCCACGUGGUCUGCUUUAAAAAUCUUUAAAAAUAAAAUUUUCUUAGAGCUUUUUCAUAAUACAAUAAGAGAAACUAAUCUAAAUAAAAACAAAAAUGAAGAAAGAAAAAAGAAAGCACCAAGGGAAAACAAACAAAAAAGAGAAAAAGGAUUUUUGCUUUUCCUCCUGUCAAUUACAUAAAAGAAAUUACAUAAAAGAAAUUAUUCAAAAUAAUCACUCUAGAAUGACACCCAACUGAUCAGCUUUCUGUUAGGCAAUAUUUCCCCUUCCUUCUGACCCAAAUGGAUUAAUUCGUUUUCCCUUUUUUACACAAAAAGUCCAGAAGGUUGUUUUUUAUUAUUAUUAUUAUUAUUAAAUGUCAGCAAUAGUUUUUCUCUUAUUAAACGUAUCAAGUUUGUUUCCAGUAAGUUCAACAACCAUUCCUCCAUAUUAAACAAUAAUGUAUUUCCAUCUUUGUCCACUCAAUAGUCUCUCUGCUGCCAUCAUAUAUUAAAAUGAUAUUCUGUAGUUAUUUACUUACUAGGUAUUAAUUAGUUCACACCCAGUUCCAUAUCUUCCGUUCCUGUUACCUCUUGUAUUUGCUCUGGUUUUCCAUCUUGAUUUUGAAAAAGUCAUGCCUUCCAUUUUUGCUUCUUCCAUUCUUUUUCCAGGAAAAGCCCCAGAAGUUUGAUAGCUUUCCCCUCUAAAUCCGCUCCAAGGCAGUUAUUAAAUGACAGGGGUAGGUAGGCAAAUUACAGGUUAGCUGAGAAGGUAGCAGUAACUGUAUGUGCCUUGGUUGCAGGUCAUGGUGAUUGAGCAGAACGGGUCGUUCCAGCUCCGAAUCCCCAAGAACUUUAUUUGCGAACACUGCUAUGGUGCAUUCCGGAGCAGCUACCAUCUCAAGAGGCACAUCCUCAUCCAUACAGGUAAGCGGUCCCAGAGUCCUCUGGUACGUGGUGAUGCCUGAGAACAUUGUGGGAAGCAAGUAACUUCCUUGCCAGCACUGGGCUCGCGAAUUAAGCUUUUGCUUCUUGCAGCGAGACUGCCGGCUGGUAGCUUCCGCUAAGGAAGCUUGCUUAUAAAGUUAUCAUUUCAUUCAUUUAUUAGAUAUAUUAGUUGCUUGCCAACCCAAGAGACUUACAGCAAAAAAAAUGCACCUUUUUAAUACAGUGGUACCUCGGUUUAAGAACAGUCCUGUUUAUGAACAAUUCUGUUUAUGAACUCCGCAAAACCGGAAGUAGUGUCCUGGUUUGCGAACUUUACCUCAGUCUAAGAACGGAAUCCAAACAGUGGAAGGGCACCAGCGGCGGGAGGCCUCAUUAGGGAAAGUGUGCCUUGGUUUAAGAACAGUUUUGGUUUAAGAACGGACUUCUGGAACAGAUUACGUUCGUAAACCGAGGUACCACCGCGGUACUGAGUACUCAUAUUACCAUACUUAGAUUACCAUAGGUACUUAUACUUAUAUUACCAUAAGUGAAAAAGGGAGGGGAAUCAUAGCACAUUAAAAUUUUGUACAACAGAACAUUCAUACAUUCAUUCAUUCACUCAAUAAAUAAAUACACACACACACACAAAUGAUGAUGAUGGUGAUGAUGAUAAUGUUAAUAAUAAUAACAAUAACAAACAACAACAAUAAUAAACCAUACUCAACAAAACAAUACUCAGACCCAUUAAUUAACAAAUUAACACAAAUAAAUAAAACCUCUAUCUCCCCUUAGUCCAAAAAUCGUUCACAUCAAACCAACAAUUUCCCCCCUUUAACCUCCCUACCCCACCCAGAAAUCUGGUGUCAAGCGUAGUUAUUGCAGAUCAGCGGUGGGCGGUGUCAGGGUUUCAACUUUGCGAUGUAUUACCAGCCCAAACAUCAUGGUGUUGAAAGGGAGGGACAAACUGCAUUGGCGCCAGAGUGAAACUGCUCCGUUCCCACUGAGGGAGCUGAGGCGGUUUCACCCUGGCACCCAACAGCAGGAACAAGCUGCCUCGUCCCUGGCGCCAGGAGGAAGAGGCAUCCUGCCCACCCAUGCAAAGGCAGCGGCAGGGGCAGAAAAAGCCCUGCGGACAGAGCCUGUCAGACUCCAUCCACAGGGCUCCCUCUCGGCCUUCGCACAGGCAGGCAGCUUCUCUAAAGUGCUCCGCUGGGGAGUGCAUGGCUGCCCAAACCUCAGCAGAGCAGUUUAAUAAAGCCCCUACCCCACUUCUAGCUCCAGAGGAGGGCUCUGGGAGCAUCCCAGGGACUGGUAAGUGAGGCGGAGGGUGUUGUGGUUCUGGAGAGUCAAGAGUUAACACUCCAGAAGCGUUCUGAUUCACUGGGUGCAUUGCCCACAUGACCGGGGCAUUUUCCUUUGAUCUGUGCUCUGUGGGGGCUGAGCUGUUUCUGGAGAGCAGUCUGUCUGAGAAUAUGAGCAAGGUAGUUUCGUUUUUGUUACAGGCAGAAAGCUGCAAGCAUGCAGCUAGAUUCUGUAGGUUUUUCUUUCUGUUUGUUAUGCUUCUAAAUAAAGAGUGUUAGAAUAGAAGCACUGGUGUUGAGCUGAGUUACUGAAGACACCACGUCGACACAGACAAGCCAUUUUACACUGUGUGUGAACUCUGCUAUUAUCCGGCAACUGAGAAGAGCGGCAGUGUGUGAGUGGAAGCGUGUGGGCGCCGUUGAAGUUUGUCGGAGUGACAGUAAAUCAGAUUUAUUGCAGAGCCGUUGCAGCAGACUCAGUGGGUCAAAGGAUUUACGACCCACAAACUUUAACAGAGGGCAAGGCGCACUCCAGCUAGGUUGGGAUGGCCAUGGUGCUCCUUUAAUCACUGGGGCUUAAAAGGUGUGGGAGCCAUGAGAAAGGCGCCAAAGUUGCUUCCCACCCCAAAAGCACGUGUUUUCUCCUUUCUGCAGGUGAGAAGCCAUUUGAGUGUGAUGUGUGUGACAUGCGCUUCAUCCAGAAAUACCACCUGGAGCGCCACAAGCGUGUGCACAGUGGGGAGAAGCCGUACCAGUGUGAGCGCUGCCUGCAGGUAAUGUCUCCCUCGUCACUUUCUGUGUAGGGUGGGAAAUGUUAGCACCCCCACCUGAUGUUUGAGAGACCUCCUUGUACCAAGGGAAGGGAGGCAUUGCUUCCUGCCGCCUCCUAAAAGAUCUCUUGGGUGGGAUUCUAGAUUGAGAGGGUGCAAAAAAGUGCUAGGCUGUAACUGGCAGCUCUCCCCAGCAAGGGAGAGAAUAUCCAGAUAAUUAUGGAUCAUCGUGGCAGCAGGAAGUUACUCUAAGCUGUUCAGAAGUCUCUUUUGAUUGACAGUCCGUGCAUUCCUGAGCUUUAUGGUGCACAACUUAAUUGCUUUUGGAGCUACGUGUAUCCUGCAUAUCCAUGGAAUUCUUGAGUAAGCAGAAAAUAUCUAACCUGUCAUAGAAUUCUGAGAAGUUAUCAUUUUAGGACUUACUUUAAAACAAUGUUCUAAGCCACAGAGUAAAUGUAUGGAUAACAGUUUUUUCAGAAGCUUGGGGAGGGACUAAGUGGGGUUUCAAAUAAUUGGACAGAAGGGCAUUAAUCAGGCUAUGUGCACUUUUUAUAUAAUUUUUAAAAAUCAGUUUUGCACCAAAAGUAGCUGUACUUUGCAAAUUGCAAACCAUUCCUGCCAAUCAAAAUGCGCCAUAUUCUGCUUAUUUACAUAUUUUGUUCUGAUAGUUAUGGGGAGGAUGUAAAGGGCUUCCCAAAGCAUUGCACAUACACAUUUAAAUCUUUCUUGAUAAUCACAGGGGCUAGAAACUUGCAUUUCCCUGCUAAGGAAGCAGGAUUCUGUGCUCAGUACAUCAUCCUAUGGAUUUUUGGUAUUUGUGUGGAAGUGCAGAAUACAUGCAGUCUUGACUUUAGGACUCUAGAUGGCGCCUUUUGCCCUUCCUGUGGCUGAUUCUCUCUGUCUGUACAGCUCACCUCUGUUUUUGUGUGCACCAGUACAUGGCCUUGCUGAUACUGUAUAAUUGGAGUUUAUGUCGCAGUACAGAUACAUUUAGCUGUGAUUUGGUUUUUUUUAAAACUCUAGUUAAAGUUUCAAACAUACAGUGAAACCAUAGUUCAGCCAAGCUCUGCUCAUAGAGGACGUACUUAGUUAGGAACUAGUAAAACUGGGCUAUCACCUUUCCAGCAGUAAGAGAUUUGGAAAAGACAGCAAAUAACCAUUGUUUACACUGUCCAAAUGUAAUGCUUUACACAAACCCUGGUUUGCAACCCAUUUCAAACCGUGAUUUCACAUUCUAGUUUGCAGCUUAGUAUAUUACUAUUUCUAUACUGCCCUUCAUCCAAACCUCACAGGGCAGUAUAGAAAAUGCCAAAAUAUAUAUCAUAAUAACAAAUAAAAACAAUAAACCCCCAUGUAUCUAUACCGGAUUGUGCUUUUGGCUGUGAAGCCUCUGGUUACACUUGCAUGACAUGGAAUUUUCAGUACAGUACUGUGAAAUGUUUGCAAACCUGCUUACAAGGGGGAAGGGAGAAUAGUCAUUGCAGCUGCAAUCCAAAUCUUUUGUAGGGCAGUCUGAGGACCCAGAAGAGGUCCCAGGGGAGAGAGAAACGAAGAGUCGGGGACUGAAGAGGCAAGGAGGAAUGAUACAGAGUAGGCAACAGGCUGAGAAAACAAGAACCCAGAGGGAGUGUAGGUAGGGAAUGAGGCUUGAGGAGACAAGGAACUAAGGCAAGAAGUGGCUUUGAAUCAGUGCUUACAAUGAUGAGGGGCUCUGUGGGAAGGGAGAGAGAAGGGCUGCAGAGCUGUUCCAAGAGAUCUGAGUAGCUAAAGGAAGUGAGAGGCCGAAAAGCAGGGAACUGGAAGAAAGAAUUGGUGUUGGAGACAUAGUUAAAGGAAGGAAGACCCAAGAAGAAAGUGGCUCUGAGGCAAAGCUGCAGGUAGGAUCUAGGGCAGCCUUUCUCAGCCUUGUUUCUGCAUAUGUUGUUGGACCUACAACUUCCAUCAUCCCUUACCACUGGUCCUGCCAGCUAGGAAUGGUGGGAGUUGUAGUCUUAACAUCUGGGGACGCAGGGUUGAGAAAGGAGGAUCUAGGGGUGGGAGGAGAGCUGGGUGUGCCCUGGACAAGUAGGCAAAGAAGAGAGGAAGCCAGAAUUGGAAGGAGUUCCCUUUUGCCUUUCUGGCUUUCUCUCUUUUGUUGGAGAAAGCCUGAAACGGUUAAAGGAGUUUCUCCCAACUCUGGCUUCUUCUGCUGCUGCUACAGAAUUAUGAUCUGGCAACCUUAAGGCUGAGAAGCCGGAGGUGGGUGGCAAAAUUUCACACCUUGGUUUGAAUUAACCAGCCAGUUCUUGUGGUUUCAGGCUUAUUCUCCAAAUGCAACACUUUUUUCCAUGCUUAAGUGUUUCCUCCCACUUAGUACUGAGCCUUUAACUUUCCCUCUGACCCUACAUGAGCCUCUCCCUGCCUCACUUUCUUCCAUGUGCCACUCGUGAGAUGUUUCCUCUCUUCUCCUUUGUUCCUUUCAGAGCUUCUCCAGGACAGACCGGCUGCUGAGACACAAACGAAUGUGUCAGGGUUGCCCGAGCAAAGCAUCUGACUCACAGCUGCUGCUUUAG